AUGAUACAGGAAGUUGCCAGGCAUGGUGUGCCUUAUGCACCACCAAAAUAUGAUGAUCUCCGGGAUAAGCUUUUGGUGAAAGAGAAACGAUUCAUUGACAUUGAGAUGGCGUCCUUGAGGAAGCAGUGGGAGCAGAGGGGUGCAACCAUAUGCGCAGACGGGUGGGCAGAUAGGAGGAAUCGGCAUAUCAUGGGGCUUGUGGCAUAUAGUCAAGGACGAGGAGCUUUUUUGAAGGCUAUCGACAUUUCCUUAACAGGAAAAACAGCUGAAAAUACUCUGCGCUGCUGGGAAGAAGGCAUUAACAUUGUAGGUGCAGAGAACGUUGUUAUGGUUGUGACCAAUGGGGAAAAUGCAAACAGAGCAGCAGCAGCACUUUUGCAACAGAGGUACCCAAAAAUUCAAUGGGCAGCAUGUUUUGCCCAUUGCUUGAACAAUGCCUUGAAAGACUUCGGUGUACUUCCAUGGAUGGCAACACUUCUGGAGCGUGGAAAGUCUUUGGUGAUCUUCGUUAGAAACCACUCUCAUAUAGUGGCACUGCUGGCGGAGUUUACUCACAAGCGAUUGCUGCGUUAUUGUGAUACCAGGUUCGGCUACAACUUCAUUAUGAUGGAGAGGCUGGUGGAGCUCCGAGAAGCUUUACAACAGAUGUUCGUAUGCCCUGCGUAUAGAGCAAGGCCUGAGUCGAAGUCGAGAGCAGGAAGGGACAGUUAUGCAACGGUUUUUGAUGACAGUUUCUGGCAACAGGUUAAGGACAUGCUAGAGGUGUCCAAGGAUGUUAUGCUGCUUCUUCGUGUUGUGGACGGUGAUAUACCUGCGAUUGGAAAGAUAUAUGAGUGCAUGAACAGGUUGGAUGCAAGUUUAGAGGAAGGACAGUCGGAUUAUGGCAGGUACAGGGAACUUCAUCAGAUCAUGUCUAAUAGGUGGCAUGAGUAUCACUCGCUCAUGCACUCGGUGGCAUACAUGUUGGACCCCGAGUUUCAGGAGUAUGAAAAGCAUGCUAACAGAGAGGUCAUGAAGGACUGGAAUGCUUAUCUGCUGGCCAUGUUUACAUCCAGUGAGAGGGAUGUGAUACGUGAUGAGCUUUUAACUUACCGGAGGAUAGGAGGCAUUUUCAACUCAUAUGAUGCUAAGGCUGAUCGCACUAAGAGGGGAGAUGUACGUUGGUGGGAGGACUAUGGUUAUGAAACUCUAGCUCUUCAGAAGUUGGCCAUUCGAGUUCUAAGUCAGGCAUGCUCGUCGUCCUCGGUGGAGAGAUUGUUCAGUACUUUCGAGCAUGUUUCUUCAAAAAAGAGGAACAGACUUACCAUGGACAGGACAGCGGAUCUGGUUUUUGUGGCUUGCAACACCAGGUUGUUAACCUACAAAAAUGAUCGUGAUUACGACAAGUUUGUAAGCUACAAAGUCCUGGAGACAGUUCCUCAUCCUGAAGACGAGCUUGAGUCAGGACAGGAAGAGGAAGAUGGAGAUGAUGUCGAAGAUCGUGAGGUCGAAGAUCAUGAGGUUGAAGAUGACGAUGAGAUGCAGGAUAUUUGA